AUGACAGCUGCACAUUGUCUCGUUAAGAUAAAACCAAAGGAUAUUGUAGCUGCAGCAGGAACAAAUGUAAGAAGACGUGGAGGAACCGAAUAUAAAAUUAGUAAAUUUAUUAUCCACGAGAAUUACGGCCGUACAUCUUUCGCUAACGACAUCGCGCUGAUGUUAACUGAAGAAGAGAUUGAGUUCUCUGAUAAAGUUAAGCCCGUCAAACUAGCCUCAAGGAACAUAGAACCAGGUGCAAAGUGUUUGCUCACUGGUUGGGGAUAUACGAAUCAAAAGGGAACUAAAAUACCAGAUAAACUGCAAUGGCUGAACGUAACAGCUUUAUCUGUUAAUAAUUGCCAGAAUCAACUAAAGGCUUUCCAAAAGAAUCAUCCUUUUACCAAGAAACAAAUAUGUACUCUGACUAAAAGAGGAGAAGGAACGUGUCAGGGUGACUCUGGUAGUGCUCUGAUAGAGAAAGGCGAGGCCGUCGGUGUGGCCUCCUACAACCUGCCCUGUGCCUAUGGUGUUCCAGAUGUAUUCACAAGAGUUUACGAAUAUCUCGAUUGGAUUAAGGCUAGAAUGGAUGAAAAUACGACAAAGAUAUAA